AUGGGUGCACCAGCGUGGGCCAGGCUGGGUGCCGAUGGGCCCAUUGGACCCAGCAGGGUGUUUCUUGGGGCCAGGAGGCGAGUCACAUCCCAGCGCUGCUCCCUCGAGUUUCUGGAAGAUGCGGUGGGAUGCGCCUCAGUACAGAGAACCAAACACACCUCUGGAUCCCCAAGACACAAAGGCCUGAAGAAGACGCACUUCAUCAAGAACAUGCGGCAGUACGACACCAAGAACAGCAGGAUCGUGCUCAUCUGCGCCAAGCGAUCACUGUGUGCGGCCUUCUCGGUCCUGCCCUACGGAGAGGGCCUGCGGAUCAGCGACCUGAGGGUGGACGUCCAGAAGCAGCGGCACCCGUCCGGCGGCACUUCCGUUUCUCCCGAGAUGGUCUUUGAGUUGGAAGGCGUUGAGCUGGGAGCGGAUGGCAAGGUCGUGUCUUACGCAAAGUUCCUGUACCCUACCAACGCCCUGGUUGCACACAAGAGCGACGGCCACGGCCCACUGCCCCCACCUCGGCCCAGCGUGCCCCGGGCUCUGCCAGGCUCAAGACACAAACCUGUCCCCGCCAAGUCGGCGCCAGCUGGCACAGAGCUAGGGAGCGACGUGGGGGACACCCCGGAGUACAACCCCGACCUCCUGGACGACCCACAGUGGCCCUGCGGCAAGCACAAGCGGGUCCUCAUCUUCGCGUCGUACAUGACCACGGUGAUAGAAUACGUGAAGCCCUCAGACCUCAAGAAAGACAUGAAUGAGACCUUCAGAGAGAAGUUCCCGCACAUCAAACUGACGCUGAGCAAAAUCAGGAGUUUAAAGCGGGAGAUGCGGAACCUCUCUGAGGAGUGCAGCCUGGAGCCCGUGACGGUGUCGAUGGCCUACGUGUACUUCGAGAAGCUGGUCCUGCAGGGGAAGCUGCACAAGCAGAACCGCAAGCUGUGCGCCGGGGCCUGCGUGCUGCUGGCCGCCAAGAUCAGCAGCGACCUCCGCAGGAACGAAGUGAAGCAGCUCAUUGACAAGUUAGAAGAAAGAUUUCGAUUCAACAGGCGAGACCUGAUUGGGUUCGAGUUCACGGUGCUCGUGGCUUUGGAACUUGCUCUGUACCUUCCCGAGAACCAAGUGUUACCUCAUUACCGGCGCCUCACCCAGCAGUCCUAGCCCGGGCCCAGCGGGGGGCUGCCGUCCGUGAGGGCGCAUCUGCUGGCCCCAGAGGUGACCCGGGCACUGAAGCCCCCAAGUGUCACCGGCCUUUUCUGCACCCGCCCAGCAGGGACGUGCCUGACCUCUGGCCGGCACGGCUCGUUUCUUUGCACUGUUUCCUUGGAAAGGGUCGCUACUUUCAUUCCAAAGUGCAACACGCCUCCGAGGGCAUUUCUCAGAAUAUUCCCGGAUUUUUACAUGAACUAAAUGUGGAGUUUUGUCACUGUUCCUCUUUUUCCGUAUACCCGAGACCAGUCUGGCACCAGGGCCUCCGGUUUACAACCCGACUUUGCAGGAUUUCUGUCUCCACCUGGCCUUCUGCAAACCUUCGCAGCCCCUGCACUAGCACCAGGGUGGAGGUCUGGGUUUCCAGACCUCACUGAACACACUGAAGUUGCUGUUUACCUUACUGAAGCAUUUGUCGUGGGUAUUUUGGUUGUUCACACGUGGAGACGCGGCACUGUGGAUUCCCCGACAGCGACACAGCGCUGGCCCUGCCACCCCAAGCAAAGCUACUGCAGAGCUUUCUCCGCCUGCCUUGCCCGUCGGCAGGUAGAGCUUUUGGCGUCAGGUUAGGCUAACAAGAGCAGGCUCCUGACUUGUUCUGAUCUCAUUUUUGGACUCUUGGACCUCAGUUGAAGCAUCGAGUCACUGUGAAAUCCCGAUGCCCUGUGUGGUACACCGACAGGGCUCAGCCGACCCUCACCUGUGCCAGGAAACCCAUUACCUAUGACACUCUGGGCCUUCAGGACCACUGCUGAUUGCUGGCUCUAGACUCUUGAUUUUCCUAAGCAAUAUUGUGAUGGAGAAAAAUAACGUAUUUAUUAUAAUUUGGGAUUUGGUUUUGAGGGCCUUUUUUUUAAGGUUAACAACAACUGGUCAAAGGAGGUCUGAAGUUGACUUGAAAAAACACUUGACCCUCCAGCGGGAGGCCCCCGACCACUCACCCCCACACCCUUGAAUGGUCAGUGUCGGGGCCUUUCUUCCUAGGCAGGAAGUGGACGCUGUCUCGACCAGCUCAGCCGGGGCAGCCCAUUGAGCCAAGCAGACCCCAAGCAGCGGUCGUCACCGCGGUGCGGGUCUGUGCCUACAGCUCAGCAGGGCCCUCUGCAGCUUGCCAGGUUUGUCGCAGGUCCUUGCACAGUGAGUUUUGCACAGUCCAGUUCUCCACCCAGCUGCCCCGUCAACAGCUCUGAAUAACCAAGGACCAUUGAGUUCUUGUUCAUAGGUCAGCUGGUCUCAAAAGUGGCCAUUCUGGCUGGGCCGCCAGGCUGUCUUUCCCACUGCUAUCUUAUCAACCUGCCUGUCACUGGGCGGGGGGACUACGGGAUGACCCCCACCUGGACCCCAUUAAUACAUCACACUCUGUCCACAUGGACUGGUGCUUCUGCAGAAAGGAGAUGCCAGUUCUGCGCCCGCAGAUCUCAGGCCACCAGCAGCUCCACCAGAUAGAUCCCAGCAGAGGUGCCAGACAGCUGCCUGCCCACUGGCUCCUGCAGGCCUGUGCCCACCCAGCCCUCUUCCAUUGCUGUAGCCACUCACUGGGACCCUGAGAACGAGUAGUGUACAAGGGAUGGGUGGCUUGAGGGGAAGACUGCAGGAUGGGGACGGUCUCUCUUCUAAUAAGCAGCCCAUCCUCAGGCCAAGGAUGAUCCCCUUAAACCGAGCGUGCACCCGGGAGGAAAGGACAGACUGGGCAGCUGCUAUACCACGUGGAACGCUGGGCCUAAGCCCCAGGCAACUCUCCUCUGAAAAGCAACCUCUCCUGCCACCAAGAUACCACCUGGAGGGCACCGGCAUGGCGCGAACACCGUAAGAGACUAACUCCGAAAAUAUUCAGGUUUACAACCUACCUUCAAGGGGCAUAUCUCCAUGGGACUUUCUAGAAAGACAAUAGCAAGAAAGUGGCCAAUAAGCACAGUAAUUUAAGUUUGUAUGUUUAUGUAGUGAGAUUAAGUCAUUUUACCAGUCUGUUCGAAGCCCUCCCCUGCAGUUAUGUCCUUAAUAAUGCCACAAGCUGCCCCUGUGCGGUAUUCGAGAAUUACUGCAACAAAGCCUGAGCUUGUCACCCUCUAGAACAAGGGCAGGGUCGGAGCUGUGGCAAAGGUGUUCAGCUGGGCUAUGACCAAAUGAAACCAAACCUGGUGCCGCUUCCUCAGCACCUGGUGGCAGUCAUGGAUGUAAAUGUGUGAAGUGAACAUCCGACCUCAGAAUGUUUGUCAUGGAUGUUUUUAAAUGGAUAAUGUAUUUGUGCUUUAAAGUAAACCUUGA